GAUAAGACAAUAGGUUUAUGAUAAGAGUGGUUUAGGAGCUGAGAUAAGACAAUAGGUUUAUGAUAAGAGUGGUUUAGGAGCUGAGAUAAGACAAUAGGUUGAAGAUAAGAGUGGUUUAGGAGCUGAGAUAAGACAAUAGGUUGAAGAUAAGAGUGGUUUAGGAGCUGUGAUAAGACAAUAGGUUGAAGAUAAGAGUGGUUUAGGAGCUGAGAUAAGACAAUAGGUUGAAGAUAAGAGUGGUUUAGGAGCUGAGAUAAGACAAUAGGUUGAAGAUAAGAGUGGUUUAGGAGCUGAGAUAAGACAAUAGGUUGAAGAUAAGAGUGGUUUAGGAGCUGUGUAUUUAGCACUUAAGAUAUUCUGUCCCUGUCUGUCCCUCAGCCCUGCGAGCCCUACUGGAGAUGUCCCCAUCAAGUCUCCAGUUUGAUCUGGAGCCCUUUAUCUCAGUUACUACUACCUCACGAACUCAGACCGUAGAGCUGAGGAACGUGUCUGACAAGAGGCUGAGCUGGAGGAUUGACUCCAGCGCUGCAGUAACACCAGGAGGGGGCAGUAGCACCAGCAGCAAUGAGGGGCUGUUCACUAUCUGUCCUACUGCUGGGACCCUGUAGCCACUGCAGUGUGUGUCUGUCACUGUCUCCCUCUCUCCUGCGAGAGUCACACCAGUGACAGCAGGUCAGAUCGAGGUGUCCCUCCCUCUGUUUCUGUCUGAGGAGGGGCAGGAGGAGAGAAAGGGGGAGAAGGGGGAGGAGGGGGGAGUCCCUCACCCCUACAGGGUGCUGUCUCUCAGUGCCACCCCUCACCCCCCCAGCAUCACCUUCCUCCCCCCUCGAGUCCUCCUCACCCCUGUCCCUCUGGACACACCCUCCACCACCACCCUCUUCCCUGCUCCCCACCGGGUACCCCAGUGGUUCCUGUCUGCGUGUGGAGGUGGAGGAGAUGGUUCUGAAGGAUGGCAGUCGGCUGAAGCCCCUCUCAGUCAGCCUGCCCCACAACGGCACCGUCCCUCCCCAGACCCAGCCCCAGACCCACACAGAGCCCCAGACCCACACAGAGCCCCAGACCCACACAGAGCCCCAGACCCCCAUCACCUGCACAGUGACCUUCUGCUCCCCUCAGCCCCUGGACCUCAACUCACACAUCACAUUCCUGGACCACCUCAACAACAGUCCAGAGUUGUUCAGGGUGGAGGUCUGUGCUACAGCAGAUAAUAGUUUGUUGACAGUGUGGCCCUACCUGGCUUUGCACCGCUCUGAGCAGCAGAUAGUCCUCAAGAGUGGUUGUCUGAGCGGCUGCAGUGGCGAAUCAGGGCCCUCUCAGGUGACAGGGAAGGCGGUGCUUCAGCCAUGCUACUCCCCCAGCCCUCUCUCUCGCUACACUUCCUCCUCCUCCACCUUCGCUUUCCUCUCCUCCACCAGUAAUCACUCCAUCUCUGACUCUGGAGACAGCAGGAGUAGGACUGGGAGUGCUGGACCAGGGCCUAGAGGGAAGGAGGACUGGCCCCAGAAGGAGACAGAGGGUGAGAGAGAGACAGAUGGUGUGACUGACCAGCAGCAGUGGCAGCAGCAGGGUAUACCAGUGUUUCCAGGGCAGGACUCAGAGGAGGGGUUGUACUACCACAGCAUCCUGCAGGCCGUACAGAAGUGGUUCAGUCAGUUUGGCUGGCCCCGUGGACCAAACCCCAUCUCUCUACCACGCUCUCUCAGAAGGGUGGUAUGUAGGGUCCAGACAGUAGACUCCAGCUCUAGUGAGUGGAGGAACUCGUACCUUAUGAGCCAUGGUAAAAACACACGGACCAUCUACGACAUGCUGCAUCACCUGAGCGGACAGACACUUCCUGGUGUGAGCACCAACCAAUCGCUGCCCUGCAACCGCGCAGCAGCUGCUCCACCGGAACACAGUGCUGCUGGCCUUCCUCAGGAGGCAGGGAGCCUGUCUGUCCCACAUCAGACCUGAGUACCUGUUAGACUCCCAGGAGUUCAGCCACUGGAGCUCGCUACAGGCCCAGUCCCAGUGUGAUCAGUCCCAGUGUGAUCAGAGGGGGCUGGACUACAGCAGCAAGGUCUUUGAAUCCCUCAGUAAAAGGGGCUGGAUGGAUGUUCUACUGCAGACCU